AUGGGAGCCAGCAGAGAGAGAAAUGGGGAACAGGGUUGGAGGCACAGAGAAACUGAGAAACCCCAGCUGAGGUCUGGAGAUGCCAACGCUCCGGUGAGCAGCGACAGCCACGAGGAGAGCAGUGGAGCCCAUGGAAUAGAGGAGGAGAGUCCCCGGCGCGGUGUCUCCGAGCAGGACCCGGACCAGCCCGAGGCAGAGACAGGAGCCGGACAUGCCAGAGCCAGCCCCGCUCGGCGGGGACAGGAAAGCGGCGGAGAAGAAGCGGGUGGAGAAGUCCCCAGGACCCUCCCCGUGCAGAGCAAGGUGGAGCCGCCCAGCCUGGACCCUGCGGAGGAGCCGCUGCUCUGGGAAGGGCUCACCCUCAACAAGUGCAUCCUGGUGGCCUCCGUGGUCGCCCUGCUCAGCGUCACCUUCCAGGUGCUCCAAGCGCCAUGCUCCAAGGAGGGACUCGCCCGCGGCCGGCAGGAGCCUCCGCCCCCUCCCAUUCCCGAGGCCGUGAGCCCCAAGGCGGAGAUCCCAGAGGCGGUGACCGCCCAGCCUGCGCCGCCACCGGAGAGCAGCGCGGUGGAGGAUGAUGGUGAUGAUGAAGAGGGUGACGAUGACGAUGACAGCGAAGCUGACAGCAACCUGGCAGAACCCUGGAUCUUCAAGAAGUGGUUUGGCCGCACAACACCAGAGGAUGAGGACAAGGAUGAGGACAAGGAUGGGGACAUGGAUGAGGACAAGGAUGAGGAUGAGGACAAGGAUGAAGAACCUGCAGAUGUCCCCGAGGUGCCAGUGGCUGUGAUGGAGGGGAAGAAGAGCCAGGAGAAGCAGGAGAAGAAAAUGGAGAAGGAGGAGGAGGAGGAAGAAGAAAAGGAGGAGAAGGAGGAAGAAAAAGAGGAGAAUGAGGACGAGGAGGAUGAGGAGGAUGAGGAGGAGGAGAAGGAGGACAAGAAGAAGGAGGAGAAGAAGGAGGAGAAGAAGGAGAAAGCCCGGGAAGGCCGUGCUGUCCAUGUGGAGCGGAGCAGCCGGAGGGAGACACGAGCCAAGGACAGGACAGCGGGGGACAAACCUGGCAGAGCCCCCAGGGCCCCCAGGGACCCCGAGCAGCAGCCCCAGAAGAAGCGAGACCGGGAGAGGAAGGAGAGGAAGGAGAGACGGCGGGAGAGGGAUGAGCCCAGGAGGGAGGGGUGGAGGGGCCGUCCCGGCAGGGCUGACGGCGGCCGGGAGAGCCCGAGGCGGGACUGGAAGCAGCAGAAGGGCAGGAAGCCCUGGGAGCCGGCGCCGGGCAGGGACAGCAGGGCCAGGGAGGGCAAGCGGCGCGACUGAGGCCGGGGUGGGCGUGGGGCUCGAUGGCGCUGGAUCCAGAGGGAUCCAAUCCCAUCACCGCCCCCGGCAAGGGACCCCCGGCCCUGCCAGCCCUCCAGAGACACCCCCGGGCACGGACAGCACGCCAGGACCCCCGAGCAGCAGCAGAGCAGCCCAGGAGCCUGGCACGAGCCUCCCUGGGGACUUUGGGCCACCCUGGAUCAAAGGUGACCUGAAAGGACUCAUGGAAGGAGCUUCUUUGAGCCUCCUUACUUCUCCAUCCCCACCCAAAAUCCCUCUGCAGCUCCCCUCCACUCGUGGUUCCGGGGUGAACAGAGUUGUGUCCAGACUGUGCAGCUCUUGGGUUAAUGGUUUUAUUGAAAGCAAAUCAAGAGAGAAGAAUAUUCUGGGUUACGGAACCAGGCUGCAGCCAUCCUCAGAGGGACAUCAGGGACAGACCCCCGACCUCACCCAGCCCAGUGCCAUCGCUGCAGGGUGGCCCAGAAGGUGCUGGUGACAGAGCAGGGCUGGAGCCUUUCACCCAGGGAUCCCUGCGGGCCUCGCCUUCUCCGAGUCGCUUUUAGGAAGGAAACACAAGAGCAAUAUCACACAGCCAGAGAUGUUCACAGCCCUGACCCAUGGCAGGUUUCAGUAUUUGCUAAAUCAACAGUGGUUAAAAUAAACUAUUUUCAUUUUUAAUAAGGUAUUCAACUGGAUGUUUUUUAAAAAAUGGGGGUGGCAGGGGGAAGGAAAACGAGAAAAGCCCUUGUCCCUGGUUAUGUGUUUUGUCCCUGGUUAUGUGUGUGUGUGUUUUCAGCGUUUAUCCUGCAGGGCUGUGAGAUGGAACUGGUGGGUACCAACCUCCAGCCGUGCCUCCCCGUGGGGACACUGCAAAACCCGAGGAGGUGUAGCCAGGACAAGCCCAGGAGCUGCUUCCAAGGGUUUGGCUCCCCGGCUGAGGGCUGGGCUCAGCUGGAAGAUGAUCUGGGGCAGGCGGCCCGAGCUGACGCCGGCAGGGACGCGGAGCAGGUGCUCUGGCAGCCGUUUGCUCCCGCUCCCAUUAAUGGUGUGAGCAGCCCGGGAGGUGUAACGGGAUCGCUCCCUCCCUCCUCCCCUCGCCCUGGCAGCGGGGUCAGCGCGGGGUGACGCAGAUGUGACCUGGCCGGGAGCCCCGGGCCACGGCCAGCGGCUCCUCACAGCCACAGCUCACACAGAGACGUGUCCCCAGGGCGAGGCUGGUCUCUGCGAGGGGAUUUGGCCUCUCGCUCUGCUGUCACAGGUGGAGCCUUGUGGCCAGGGGGGUCCCGUGAUGGGCCGUGGGCUGGGGAAUGGCCAGAGGAUGCUGCAAGGCUUGGACGAAGCAGCAGCUGCCCUUCCCAGCCACUACAGGAGCAGAGAGUGA